GAAGUCUAAAAAAAUACCUUCGUUUUGCACUUUCCCCAAAUCUUCUCCUUUCUCUCUAUCUCACUUCGAGCAAUGAUUGUCUUCUUCUGAUUCUUCCAAUUCCAGAAAGAAAUUUGUUCACUAGAUUCUCUAAUUUAGUAUUUAAAUAUCCUUAGAUUCUCUCAAUUUCUGAAUGGACAGAAUCUGAUUUAUCAUGAGGAAGAAACUUGAUACUCGCUUCCCUGCGGCCCGGAUCAAGAAAAUUAUGCAAGCCGAUGAGGAUGUCGGUAAGAUUGCAAUGGCUGUGCCUGUUCUAGUGUCAAAAGCAUUGGAGUUAUUUUUACAAGACCUUUGUGACCGGACAUAUGACAUAACUCUUAGAAGAGGAGCAAAGACUGUUAAUUCACUGCACUUAAAGCACUGUGUACAAAGCUACAACGUGUUUGACUUUCUUCGGGAAGUUGUCAGCAAGGUUCCUGAUUAUGGCCAUUCUGAUGCUGCUGGUGAAAUGCCAAAAAGAAGGAAAGUUGCUAUAGAAGAACAUCAUGACAGUGAGGAUGAAUACAAAAAGAGCAGGACGGAGAUGUCUCCUGUUAGCAGUAGUGGUAGGGGAAGAGGUAGGGGUAGAGGAAGAGGCCGUGGUCGGGUAAGCCGUGCUGAUAAGGAGCUCGCACGACCUGAUAUGCAACUUGAAUCCUGCACUUCUGCUCAGCAGAGUGGUCAACAAAAUCCAAAUCCUGGAACUCAGACAGAGAACUGCUCAGAACCAAAAGAAUCACCUAAACAGGAUUCCACUGUUGGUGACAAGGAAAACUCAGUUGUAACAACUCCUAAUCUGAAGGUCGAUGUAGAUGAUAGUACUGAUAAACCAGCUGCACCGGAAAUAGCACCCUGCAAUCCAUCGCCAAGGCCUGUGAACGAGAAAGCAGAGGAAGGCCCUCAGUGGUCCCUCGAAAUGGACAGAAUGGUCAUCGACCCUGCUCAUAUGUCGCAACUGAAUACAAGUGUAGCAGAAGAGGAAGAAGAUUAUGAUGAAGAAGAGUAGGCAGAUGAAAUAACAAACAUAUGGCCUAUUUAGCAUAUGCUAUGUAUUGGUUCCAGUUUCCUGUAGGCCUUGACAUAAAGGGCAUAAAUCCCCCUGCCACCCCUUGUGAUUUAUUGACAUAUUAGUGUCUGUCUAUUUCUUAGUUGUCUUUGUGACUUGAGUCUUUGUAAUGGUCUCUAACCCUUUCCUUUUCCACUAGUAAUAAGUAGGAAGUGUGUUUGUUGCUCCCACCAGCACUCCAUGUACCAAUUACUGUAUGAAAUUAGGUUAAGUUCAUCUUGCAUUUU